AUAUCCAGACAGUGUGCGCGGUGCGGUGCGGUGUUGUGUUGUGCGGUGCGGAGCGGAGCGCGCGCUCGCGUUAUUCGACGCGCUUAUGGCCGCGCUGUAAAGUGACCCGGCGGAUGCACAUCAGUGUGGGAUAUAUACACAUAUAUAUACAUUAGGGAAAUUUUCGCAAAUGCAAAAGACAACAUGGACCCAAGCCUGGCCUUAGUGCUCUCUAGCUUGCUCGGCUGGUGCUCGUGCUCAAAUUUCCCAAGUAACAUUAAUAUAGGCGGUUUGUUCCCGACCGACUCGCACGAAUAUGAGGUGUUCCGAUUCGCGCUAUCUCAGCAGCACGAGCUUCCCAAACUGGUGCCACAAGUGGACAUGGUGGACGUGGGCAGCAGCUUCGCCAUGACCUACGCGUUUUGUUCCCAGUUCUCUAAAGGAGUCUACGCCAUCAUCGGCCUAUAUGACAAGAAGACCAUGAAUAUGUUGAUGUCUUUCUGCGGGGCUCUGCACGUCUGCUUCGUCACGCCCAGCUUCCCAAUCGACACCAACAAUCAGUUUGUAAUCCAGCUCAGGCCCCAGCUCCAGGAUGCUCUGAUCGGCCUUGUGGAACACUACAAAUGGACCAAAUUUGUCUACAUGUAUAGCUCAGAUUCAGGACUGACUGUGCUACAGAAGAUCCUGGACACAGCUGCAGAAAAGAGCUGGCAGGUGACAUCCAUCAACUUUGAUACUCUUACAGAGGCAGCCUUCAUUAACUCCAUCCAGGAACUGGACAGCAAAAAAGAGCACAAGAUUAUUCUGGACUGCGAGCUGGAGAGACUUAACAGCAUUCUCAACCUGAUUGCAGCUCAAAAGAAGAACCUGAAGAAUUAUCACUUUAUCCUGGCAAACCUGGGCUUUCUGGAUCUGAAUUUGACAGAGUUCAGGAAAGGUGGCUCCAACAUCACAGGCUUCCAGCUAAUGAACUACACAAACCCCAUGGUUAGCAGGACCAUAGACGACUGGCUGGAGUUUGACAGCAAAGACCUGAAGAGCCCUAAGAGAAGACUCAAGUACACAGGAGCGCUGACGUAUGAUGGUGUGAGCGUCAUGGCCACUGCGUUCCAAAACCUCAGGAAGCAGCGUAUCGACAUUUCCCGACGGGGAAACGCAGGCGAAUGUCUGGCCAACCCUCCAGCACCGUGGGGCCAAGGCAUUGACAUCCAGAGAGCCCUCCAACAGGUCCAGUUUGAAGGUCUCACCGGCCACGUCCAGUUUAACGAGAAAGGACAUCGGACAAACUUUACCGUCAAUGUAAUGGAACUUGUCCAGAGUGGACCCAAGAAGGUGGGCUACUGGAACGAAAACGAGAAGUACGUGAGCCUGGAGACGUACGCCCACGUGCUCAACGAGACGUACGGCAUUCACAAUAGGACAUACAUAGUCACCACCAUUCUAGAAUCUCCAUACGUGAUGCUGAAGAAAAAUCACAGGGAGCUGACGGGGAACGAUAAGUACGAGGGAUACUGCGUGGAGUUGGCCGCCGAGAUCUCCAAGCAUGUGGGCUACAACUACACGCUAGAGCUUGUUCCAGAUGGCAAAUACGGCGCCCGAGACCCUGAUACCAAAAUGUGGAACGGGAUGGUUGGAGAGCUGGUGUAUGGGAAAGCCGACGUCGCCGUGGCUCCUCUUACCAUCACCCUGGUUCGAGAGGAGGUCAUCGACUUCUCCAAGCCGUUCAUGAGUCUGGGCAUCUCUAUCAUGAUCAAAAAGCCUACCAAAUCCAAGCCCGGCGUCUUCUCCUUCCUGGACCCGCUUGCGUACGAGAUCUGGAUGUGUAUAGUGUUUGCGUACAUCGGUGUCAGCGUGGUGCUGUUCCUGGUGAGCCGCUUCAGCCCGUACGAGUGGCACAGCGACGAUUCAGAGGACGGCGGCGAGCAGCAAAGCCAGAACCGGACGCCGUCUCCGGAAGCCGGACAGUCACAGUCGCAGGGUCAGCUCGGUCAAAGCCCGAACCAGCAGGACAAGCAAGAGAGACCACCCGAGCACACCAACGAGUUCGGCAUCUUCAACAGUCUGUGGUUCUCCCUGGGCGCCUUCAUGCAGCAAGGCUGCGAUAUUUCACCCAGAUCACUGUCUGGUCGUAUAGUUGGAGGCGUCUGGUGGUUCUUCACCCUGAUCAUCAUCUCCUCCUACACGGCCAACCUGGCUGCCUUCCUGACUGUGGAGAGGAUGGUGUCACCCAUAGAGAGCGCAGAAGACCUGGCCAAGCAGACUGAGAUCUCCUACGGCACCUUGGAUGGAGGAUCGACCAAAGAGUUCUUCAGGAGAUCCAAAAUAGCCGUGUUUGAGAAGAUGUGGUCCUACAUGAAGGCUGCAGAUCCCUCAGUGUUUGUCAAGACCACUGACGAGGGAGUGGCGAGAGUGCGGAAGUCCAAAGGGAAAUACGCGUAUUUGCUCGAGUCCACCAUGAACGAGUACAUCGAACAGCGCAAACCAUGUGAUACCAUGAAAGUGGGCGGGAACCUGGACUCCAAAGGGUAUGGGGUUGCAACUCCUAAAGGUUCUGACUUAAGAAUCCCAGUAAACCUAGCGGUGUUGAAGCUCAAUGAGCAGGCCGUCUUAGACAAACUGAAAAACAAAUGGUGGUACGAUAAAGGCGAGUGUGGAAGCAAGGACUCCGGAAGAAAGGAUAAGACCAGCGCCCUGAGCCUCAGUAAUGUGGCAGGGGUUUUCUACAUCCUGAUUGGAGGACUGGGGCUGGCCAUGCUGGUGGCCUUGGUCGAGUUCUGUUACAAGUCCAGAAUCCAGUCUCGGAGAAUGAAGCAAAUCAUCGACGCAGCAAUGCUGGGCUCCAGCCUGAGCCGCAUGGGAAGCGGAGGGGAAAACGGACGCGUCGUGGCUCAUGAUUUUCCCAAAGCGGCACAGACUCUGCCCUGCAUGGGGCAAGCAGCAGGCAUGGGCAUCAACACCAGCGGCAUGUAGAUGGUCCUGCCACACUGAGGGACAGAGCAGAAAAUGAGGAAGAUGUGAACUUCAGCCAAAAGGACUUACUCUUUACACACUCUGGACUCACGAUGAGACAACAGAAGGGGCGGAAAUCCUUUUUCUAAUAGACAUUCGAUGAGUUUUUUUGCUUAUCUGGUGCAAUAAGGAACCUGAAUGGGAGUUUUUGUACGGAGCAUCGUUUUUUUUUUUCUUUUUUUUUGAGAAUAUAAAGACGAGGCUCGAAAAAAAUAGUGACACUUGCACUAUGAAUACGACUAUGUAUUUUGUUUGGUCUUGUUUAAGAUUCGUCAGUGUCUCGAUGACGACGAAACCUGUUAUUUUGUCCCUUGUUUACCUGCUCGUGUAUAGUUCCUCCCCCAUGCUGUGUUUCCAACACUGGUAAAGUAUGAUGCAUUUGCUUGUCUCAUUACACUCAUUACAAGUCACCGGCCAAACCUCCUCCGGAGCACCCCAAUAAGACACCUCCUAAAGAAAACACGAGCUGAUCGCUCACACUUGUCAUAUCCUGCGCUCUGUCUCCUUCUGCCCUAGCGUGCAUGAUGAAUCACCUGCUCACAGUCUGUGUGCUGUGAUUAGAUCUCAGAGAAAGAGCAAUCUAGAGAGAGCGUGUGGAACAAAAACAAUAUAUACAAACAGAGCAUUCCAGUCUGAAUGUUUUCAUCCAGCAUCGUCUUCCACGUGUCUUUUUCAUUCCUUCAUGCGUGAGCAAAGGUUUUUUACGUGCGUGUCUUUUCUGUAAGCUGUUGGGAUGACAGCGCACGCGGAGCUUAUGCUGAAAACGAUAAAGGAAAUGGGAUAAGUUGUACACUGUUGAUGCAAUAGCUUGAAAACCACAUUAGGAAAUCCUGCCUGUAGCAACACCAGUAAUCAUGAUUGAUGUGGAGAAGUCGAGGGGAAAAAUAAAAGUAGCUCCAGUAGACUUCUUACGGUUUUCAUUCUCAAAACGAUACAAAUAAAACUGGGCACAAAAGACAAACCAAAUGCAUGACGAUGUCAGAUUUUACCUAAGAGCUUUGGAUUUUAGCAAUCAUUCUGUGCCCAGGUUCGAAAAGAGUUCUAAGAUCAUUUUGUUCCUGACGAACGUUGUUUUUCCUCCUCGUUGGCUGAUUAAGUCUGAGAACCGGGCCGCGUCUGUAAUACCGUAACACGACGAAGAGCAGAAUGGCAUUGCAAAGCACAAGCGUACCUUUUGCACAGCAGCAACGUCAGCAGCAUCAACUUUUCAGCUAAGCAUAAGUGUCGGGGCUUGCGCGUCAACUUCUCUAUGUUUCCUCAGUAAACUCGACGGCGCACUGUAGCCACGACACCGUGGAGGGGGAGUGCAUACAAUACCUGUAGAAUAGAUCGGGUUGUUUUUUCUUUUCUUUUUUUCUUUUUUUUUAUACUGCCAUUCAUUUUUGUAAAAAAAUAAAAGAACAGGAAAAAGAUGAAGAAGAAGUAAAUCCAUAUAUAAAUAUACACAUUUCCACUAACAAGAAAAAAUAAUAAUAUGAUGUCGUACAUUUGCAGUGGUUUGAUAGAUUACUUUAAUUUAUUUUCGCUCCUGUAUUUAUGGUGCAAUUUUUUUUCCUUGUGCAUUGUUUAUUUGUUUUUAUUUUUCGAUUUUUUGUUUUUUUUUAAUGCUGUAGUCUUCUUUUUUUUUUAAAUCCUUUCACGGCUGUCUUGUAACUUUUUACACAUGUCAAUGUUACGAAAUAGCUUUCACGCAGUUGAGUCUGAAUUCUGAAACAUGUUGACAAGUGUUGCUCAGAAAUAAACUUUUCUAAGCACAA